CAAGGUCAAGUCUUUGAGUUCAAACAUCAUUCCGUAGCCCUUGAUAUGAGAUUACUGAUUUGAUUUGUAUUUGGCGCUUCUGAUCACAUUUAAGCAACUCAUUGAGGUUUUGGUUCAAAGCUGUUGUUUUUCAAAUUUUUGUGCACAAUGAUUUGCUCUGUGAAACAAUCUGCUCUGGCGAUCAGAAGUUCUUCCUCUGAAGGUAUUUUCCAGGGAAAACAUUCAAACCCAGUUCAGAUGUCUUCGUUUUCACCUUCUCUUCCCAAGGCAAAGCUCCUGAAAUCUCUUGUUUCUGUGCAAAAACCUUUGUACCUUUCCUCUACUGGGAAAUUUGCUCCUGCGAAAUCCCAAAAACAACAGAGUUUGAUCACAUGUAAAGCGUACGAGGCAGAGCGAUCAGACAUUGAAACAAGCACACCAUCAGAGGCAGCUCAGAAGGUGAAAAUUGGGAUAUACUUUGCAACAUGGUGGGCUCUGAAUGUGGUUUUCAAUAUUUAUAACAAGAAGGUCCUCAAUGCAUAUCCCUACCCUUGGCUUACUUCCACUCUCUCACUUGCAUGUGGGUCUCUUAUGAUGUUGAUCUCUUGGGCCACAAAGAUAGCUGAGGCCCCUAAGACUGAUAUUGAGUUCUGGAAGACCUUGUUUCCUGUUGCUGUUGCACAUACAAUAGGACAUGUAGCAGCAACCGUUAGCAUGUCAAAAGUUGCAGUUUCAUUCACCCACAUCAUCAAGAGUGGUGAGCCAGCGUUUAGUGUGUUGGUUUCAAGGCUUCUUUUGGGGGAGACCUUCCCGGUGCCGGUCUAUCUGUCCUUGAUUCCAAUUAUUGGUGGAUGCGCUCUUGCUGCUGUGACUGAGCUAAAUUUCAAUAUGACUGGUUUCAUGGGUGCUAUGAUAUCGAAUUUGGCAUUUGUGUUUCGCAAUAUCUUUUCGAAGAGGGGCAUGAAGGGAAAGUCUGUCAGUGGAAUGAACUACUACGCUUGUUUGUCAAUGUUGUCUCUCUUGAUUCUCGUGCCAUUUGCAUUUGCUGUGGAGGGACCACAGAUGUGGGCAGCCGGAUGGCAAACAGCCCUCUCGCAAAUUGGACCCCAAUUCAUAUGGUGGAUGGCUGCUCAAAGUGUGUUCUAUCAUCUGUACAACCAGGUCUCAUACAUGUCUCUGGACGAGAUCUCCCCUUUGACGUUUAGCAUUGGCAACACCAUGAAACGUAUAUCGGUUAUAGUCUCUUCAAUCAUCAUCUUCCACACGCCAGUUCAACCCGUCAAUGCUUUUGGAGCUGCUAUCGCCAUCCUUGGAACCUUCUUGUAUUCACAGGCAAAACAAUAGUGUGGAGGAAUUGAACAGAAGGUAAAACCUGGUACAACCUUAUGCCCUUAUCAUCUCAGCCAAGGACAAGGAAGCUAAUUACAAGAGAUAUGUGACUGCUGGGUUUUUAUUUUUGAUUAGGAUGAUCUGGCUGCGUGGGCACUUGUACAUACUAAUAUUAAGCAAUAAUUCUGCUGAGGAAACUGUAUCAUUAUACAUUAUUAGUUAGUGGUUUUAGUCUGGUCUGUUUCAGACUUCCUAGAAGUUUAGAAAAUAAGAAAAAACAAAUGUUCUGGUUUCACAGUCCGAGCCUCCGAUGAUAAUCUCGAAACAUUUGUUUAUUAUAUGAGAAAGGUUUAAUAAUAAUUUUAAGAACUAUUUCUUGUGUUGAUGCA